UCUGACUGCCUCCCUUAGUUCAGCUGAGGCUGAAACAAGGUAUCCACCACGUCUGCGCAGUGCAUGCCUCUGAAGACUUUGUACAAGAGUCCAAAGUUUUUUGAAGUGCUGAUGUCCGCCUUCCCGUAGCUUCGCGAGUCGAUUUCAGCGGUGGCUAAUGUCAGCUGCCGGCAUGUUGGGGGCUAAGAUGGGAAGAAGCAGCCACACUAUAUACCAUCUGAGGAAAGGCCUAUGCUCGCCGCUGGCUAAUGGCGCUGGCUCCUUUCUCGGUCCCCUGGGCUUCUCUCAACUCUUGCGAUUUCCCUCCUGUCCUGGCAUUUUCAGGGGGCUGCAACAGGGAAACUGCCGCCAUCCAGAACAAUAAGGCUGGAGUUUCUUUUGGAGAGAGGCAGAGGAUAACAAUAGCAACAGCACUUAGACUUACAUACUGCUUCAUAGAGCUUUACAGUCCUCUCUAAGCCGUUUACAGAGUCAGCAUAUUGCCCCCAACAAUCUGGGUCUUCAUCUUACUGAUCUUGGAAGGAUAGACGGCUGAAUCAACCUUGAGCCGGUCAGGAUUGAGGGAAUUGAACUCUUGGCAAUGUGCUGAUACAGUGAAGCCACUUGAUGGUGUAAGAAUUCUUGAUCUAACAAGAGUACUUGCAGGACCUUUUGCCACUAUGAACCUCGGGGAUCUUGGAGCUGAAGUAAUCAAAGUGGAAAAACCAGGAUCUGGGGAUGACACUCGAUCCUGGGGACCACCAUUUGUUGGAAAUGAAAGUGUUUAUUUUCUCAGUAUAAAUAGAAAUAAAAAGAGUAUAGCUGUUAAUAUGAAGAAGGCCAAGGGAGCAAAGAUAAUUAAAGAGCUGGCAGCUAUCUGUGAUGUGCUUGUGGAAAACUAUGUCCCUGGAAAACUGGCUGGAAUGGGUCUAGGCUAUGAAGACAUCAACAAAGUUGCACCUCAUAUUAUUUACUGCUCAAUAACAGGCUAUGGUCAGACUGGUCCAAAAUUUCAACAAGCAGGUUAUGACUCAGUUGCAGCUGCUGUUUCUGGACUUUUGCAUAUCACAGGGCCUGAGGGUGGUGAGCCAGUUAGGCCAGGCGUAGCUAUGACUGACCUUGCUACAGGUUUAUAUGCAUAUGGAGCAAUUAUGGCUGCACUUCUCCAACGACAUAAAACAGGGAAAGGAAUGCAUUUGGAUUGCAAUCUGCUUUCAUCUCAGGUUGCCUGCCUUACUUAUAUAGCAAGCAAUUUUUUAAACUGCAGAACAGAAUCCAUACGAUGGGGCACUGCACAUGCGAGUAUUGUACCCUAUCAGGCUUUCAAAACAAAAGAUGGAUAUAUUGUGGUAGGAGCAGGAAACAAUCAACAGUUUGCUACUGUUUGCAAGAUUCUCAAUUUGCCUGAAAUCAUUCAUGACCACAAAUACAAAAAUAACCAGCAGCGAGUGAUAAAUAGGAAUGAACUUAUUGGAAUAUUGUCAGCCAGGUUCUUGGAAGAAGAAACCUCUAAAUGGCUAGACGAUUUUGAAGGCAGUGGAGUUCCAUAUGGUCCAAUCAACAAUAUGAAGCAGGUGUUCUCAGAUCCUCAGGUCCUGCACAAUAAACUUAUGAUGGAGAUGGAGCAUCCAACAGUAGGGAAGAUUACUGUUCCAGGACCAGCUGUAAGGUAUAGCCAGUUUGAAGUGUCAGAUCCUAAACCACCACCUCUGGUUGGACAACAUACACUGGAUGUACUGAAGAGUAUAUUGGGGUAUAAGAAUGAUGUUAUACAGGAUCUGUUUGAUGCCGGGGUAAUAGCUCAGUAUGAAUUCAAGUAAAUUGAUUUGAUUUCUAUUGCUGAUAUGGAUGAAGUUUCAUGAAUCAUGUUGGAUAUCUUUACUUUGCAUAGUGUAUUAACUGAACUAUGAUUGAAUUUUAUGUCACAAAGUAUCAACUUUCACACUUUUUAAGAAAUUUGGUUUACUAUCAGGAAAUAAAUAUUUUUGUAAAAUUCAGAUACCAUCGCAGUAUGGCUCAUCACUCCCCAGAACUUUUAAUUGUAGGUAAUCUUAAAUUUACUGUAAUUGUAAUAAUGCCAGAUGAUUUUUAAAAUACACUUAAAGAAAUGUAAUACUUAAAUGUUAUAGUUGAAGGACAAUUUAUUUUGAAAAUAUUUUAACAUAAUAAUCAUAAUAUUGAGCAAAUAUUGAGCAAAGUUUCAUUAUUCACCUUAAAUAGGAACCUUAUUAGCUUGCUAAUUUCUUACAUGAGACCCAAUGAAAGAGGUUUUUACAAAGUUAACUUAAAUUUGGGUUACCAGAUUUACCCUUGUAAGUAUUUGAUUUCUAUUACAAUACAAUCAAAUGGCAGCUGCAUUGCACUUAAAAGUUACUUUGCUACAUAUCCUUAUGUUUGCAAGAAUAUAUUUAAUCAGCUUUGUAUUAAACAAUGAAUGAAUAAUGCUAGUGAUUUUAUUCUGGAAAGUUCUUAUAUCUUGCUAAAUUUGUUGUAUGUGAAUUUUCAGAUAUAAGCAGCAGCACUUUCCUAGAAACUUGAUCCUGUCUGCAGUUAUUGGGACUUAGUUGAUUUGAGAUACUUUUUGAAGUUCUCUUAAGAAAUAAAUGAAAAUUAAAAGCUAACUUUUGUUACGAUUAUGAUUUUCCAAUUAUAAGAAUAAAAAUUAAUGGGAAAAAAAA